AGGGAGAGGGAGUGCUUUAAAGUUGUUUGAAAGAAUGAAAAAGGACUCUUCCAAGCCAAAUGUCAAGACUUACGCACCUUUAUCGAAGACGAGUUAUAGGAAGAAGAAUAUGAGGCUACUCAAGUUUCUUUGGAGUCACCUGUUCAAAAACAAUAAAAAAAGAAAGAACCAACUUCACAUGAAUCGGAAACUUGAACACGCUUGCUUCUACUUUCAAGAAGCAUUGUUGAAAGGAAUGGUUCCAAUGGAUACUACAUAUAAGUUGUUGUUGAAGAAACUUGAGCGACAGAACAUGGCAGAACUCAAAGGAAAGAUCGAGAAGUUGAUGUUACAGGCGAAAGUUGAGCAAGAGAAUCGAAAAUGUGAUGGAGCAGAGCCCAGAUAG